AUGGAGAAGAUAGAGGUAAUUCGACAGAAGUUGUUGACUGCCCAGAGUCAGCAGAAAAGUUAUAUGGAUAAGAGAAGGAGACCACUAGAGUUUAUGGUCAGAGACCAUGUAUUCUUGAAGGUAUCGCCUAUGACUGGUAUUGGGAGGUCUAUUCGAGCCAAGAAGUUGACUCCUAAGUACAUUAGUGCGUUUGAGAUUCUAGAGAGGAUUGGGCCUUUAGUGUAUCGGAUUGCAUUACCUCCACAUUUAUCAGGUGUACAUGACAUAUUUCAUGUCUCACAACUCAAGAAGUACCAACCCAAUCCGUCUCACAUUAUUGAGCCAAAAGAGGUAGAGUUAUGGGAGAAUUUGACUUACCAGACUGAGUCGGAAAGGAUGGCCAAUAUGAAAGAUAAACUGCUCAGAAAUAAGACUAUCCAUUUAGUAAAAGUGAUAUGGAAGGGAAUGACUCCCGGUGAUGCCACUUAG